GUAUUCGUGCGAGAACAUUUGCCAAAGGCGUACUAAUAAAAUGCCUAAAAUCGUCGCUGGUGCGCAGUAUUUAACUUUAUUCAUUUCGUUGAGUUGCUUGUCGUGUGAAUUAUUGGCUUCGGACUAUGAAGUGCCAACCGCAAAGAUAGAGGUUUUCUAUCCCAAGGGCUUUCAGGUUUCAAUACCACAUGAGGAAGGCAUAACCCUUUUCGCCUUCCAUGGCAAACUCAAUGAGGAAAUGGUGGGACUUGAAGCUGGAACCUGGGCUCGUGACAUUGUCAAACACAAAGAUGGUCGUUGGACUUUUCGUGAUCGUGUCACAAAACUGGCAUUGGGCGAUACGCUUUACUAUUGGACUUAUGUCAUAUACAAGGGCUUGGGCUACCGAGAGGAUGAUGGUGUUUAUGUAGUAAAUGAAUAUGCCAAUACAACAACCCCAACCGUGAAAACUGACGAUCUACCUGUAGUUGAUGAUAGGCCUCUGGACAAGGGAACUUGCACUGGCGCUGUGACUAUUGUAAAUGGAGCACCAGUACGCUGUGCCAAGCAAUUGGUGUUUGAGGAAAACUUUGAUGGUACCUAUUUGGAUAACACCAAAUGGACUGUGGAGAGACGCAUACCUCAAUCACCCAACUAUGAGUUCUGUUUGUAUCUCGAUGACGUAGCCGAUGUUUUGCAAAUAAGCCAGGGCAUGGUCUCCAUCAAGCCCAAGCCUUUCCAAAAACACUUUGGCAGGAAAUCUGCCAAGCGGCCACUUGUGUUGGGAUCCAAAUGCACAGGCGCUCAAGGCAGUGACGAAUGUUCUUUGACACCGCAGGGCUUGAAUAUAAUACCCCCCAUCAUAUCGGCACAGUUUUCCACCAAAGGAAAAUUCUCCUUCAAAUACGGCUCGGUGGAAGUACGAGCGAAAAUGCCCAGAGGCAUGUGGAUUUUCCCCCAGCUUUGGCUUGACCCUUCCAACCCAGUCUAUGGCGAAAAGGAGUAUCGUUCUGGACAAAUGCGCAUGGCCCAGUCAAGAGACAAUGGCCGUGAGCAAGAUCUACUAACGGGCCUUUUGCUUAACGCUGUUGAACCUUGGCAUUCCUUGAAGUUAUGUGUCAAUAAAUCCACCAAUGCCCAAUUGUCUGAAGUAUUCCACCUCUAUCAAUUACUUUGGACCCCAAACUUCAUUGCAUUUUCUGUAGACAACAAUGAAUACUGUCGUUUUGAAAUACCCGACGAGGAGCAUGCCUUCCGUAAUCUGCAACAGAACGAUCACUAUUUGCCCAAUCGAGAAAUCCUGCAAAGUGGUUCUAAAUGGGCCCCAUUCGACCAGGAAUUCGCGUUGACAGUGGGCCUUGGAGUUGGUGGCUUUAAUGAUUUCCCAGAUAUGAUUUGGGCAGAAGAGAAGCCGUGGCGCAAUAUCGAUCCUAAGGCGUUGAAAAAUUUCGCCACUGCUUAUCGUGACGACUGCUUGAGCAAUUGUGCAUUUCAAGUGGACAACAUUAAAAUUUACUCGGUUUAGCCUUUAAAAUACAUAUUUUAAGAAAAACCCUUAACAUAAUCGAAUGUAGUCGUACAAAACAAUAUACUCGUAUAUUCCAUAAAAAAUUAUUAUAAAUAAAUAUUUUAAUUUACAUAUCAAUUAAUUUAA